UUUUCACAAACAUCAGUCAGUGAGCAUUCUUUCGGAAGCAAUCAUCAAGCCAAAGGCGCGCAAAAAUAAACUCGCCGGAAAUGGCCCACAACGAUCUGCUGAUCGAAAUUCAAAGUGAGUACUGCUUCCGGCCACAAGAAUGCUUCAACAGCUACGAGGAGUUUUUGGCCAAAAUGGAACAGCAUAGCUCCAAAGACCUGGUGUACUAUUGGCGUCGCGAUUCACGGACCAUCGAAGGAGCUGCCCUGAAGACGUCGCGCCCCAUAGCCCCCGCCCUGCGCUACUACUCGGUUCGGUAUUCCUGCAUCUUCGGUGGACAAAAGUUCGAACCGAAAUCCAGUGGAGCCAAGAAGCUACGCCAAUCGAUCCGCAAUGACUGUCCAGCUUAUAUUGCCCUACGCGCAUCCAAGUGUGGUCAACAGUUGGUAGUGAUAUCCGUUUCGAACAUCCAUAACCACGACAUCAGCGUUGAAAAUACGAGAAAUCUUGCCCACACCAAGAAACUGUCGUCCGACAUGAAACAUGAGGUAAAUGUGCUCCUAAUGCACAAUGUGGACAAAAAACUUAUCCGUGAAUACGUGCGCCUAAAAGACGGUAAAGAGUUGACCACCAAAGAUCUCUGCAAUAUCGUGGCAUCACUCAGGAAGAAUGUGCUUCCAGUAGACUCCAGUUCGCAAUCGAGUAAAACAGCAGAACUCACUUCCAAGUUGAUCAACUACAUAAGCCAUCACGAAGGAUCGAUCCCCAUUAAGGCACUUGAAAGUGCAAACGAAAUCGUAGGCUUGGACGUUCCGGAAGCAGCGGAAAGCGUUUUCUCCGAAAUGGUCGAAGAACGACUGCUGGAAGAUUUCGACGAAGAUGACUCUCGGGAUUGCGGGGGAAAUCUCGCCGAAAGCAAUCAUGAGUAUGUCAUUCAGAUUGUGGAUGAUGUUCCACGCGAAGAAGAGAUACCAUUAGUGACAAAGUGUCAGAGUAGAAUCCAGGAGAGGCGAACCAGAACUAGAUGGAAGGCUCCGUCUUGCUUCGCAUGCGGUUCCAAUAACAGGCUAGUUAGAGCGCAGCUCGAAGUCUUACGAGCACGAAGGGAUAAGCUCAGGGAGCAAACAGCAUUGUUGAGACUGAAGAAACGUAAAUUACAGUUAGAGAUUGAAGUAUUGAAUAGAACUUGUACCUAGUAGUUAUUAAUAAAUAUCUGAGCCAAGCAUAA